AUGAGUGUGGGUUCAUACAAACGCUCACAGGGCGGGGAGCCGAUCUUCUCACAGGCGACUGUUGCCCCGCCCAUCCCCGCGCUGCUGCGGCCGCAGUUCCACGCACUCUCCGCAGAUGAUGUGAGGGCCAUUGAGCGGCGGCUGCAGCACACAGAGGCGGCCAGGCGGCGGGAUGAAGUCAUCGCAGAGCGAUGUGCACAACGCCGGCAACAACAACAAGAGGAGACACAACGGCGUGUGGAGAUGAUAGAGAGAAGAGCCGCUCGACACGCACGUGCCGCAGGAAUAGUGGUAGAGCGUCGACUGAAAGCAGAGUUUAUGGAAUUGGGUCGUCUGUGA